GUGUGCAUCAUGGCUCAGAUGUGGGAGUGACGCUCGACGCCGCUCUCCGGGUUCAGGGUCACUCGCUCGGUGCCGGGUGAAAAUGGUCCGUGGUGGAUUUCAUUUGGAUUUUCUACCCUCAACGUGUUCGUCCUGCGCGUCCAGCACUCUGCAGUUUUUCAUCUUUGGUCUGAUUCUUGUUUACUACACAACGCCCUCCAGUUCAGGGAGGUGCAGCUCAUCCAAAGACUUUUCCCAAUAUCAGAACUGUCGGAUUCACCCAGAUGGAGUUCAUGAUUUGGAUUGUUUUCGGAGGCGUAAACCACCUGUUACGGUGUGUGUGUGGAAACCAGGGAGGCUCCCAUCGGAAAACACGUACACACUCAUUGUAAAACAACUGCCCAGAAACUAUUGCCGUGUUUACCCCAGCAUCACUAACUUCUCUAAAAAGAUUGAUAUAUUCGUCACGGUCAACAUGACGGUGGAGGUUGUUGAACACAGCAAGUCGGCAAACUGCACAAAAGCAGUUUUCGGGGGCUCCCCAGGGAGCUUAGUGCGGUGUGGUUCUCCAAACGAGGUGACCUUCAGCCGCCGCUCUGGAAGUCUGCUCGUGAACGUCAGCUGGCCCCGGGAGGACGCAAGGGCCAUCAAGAAGUUCUCCGUGAGCUACAAGGCGCCGGGCGGGCGGUCAUGGAGCGAGCCCGUGAUAUCCCAAAAUGCAACGGCGUGCAGGGUGGACAAUCUGAACGCCUCGCUGGUCUACAGCGUCCGGAUACGGUGCGUCACUAGUGAUGGAUGCCCACAGUGUGCAGCGAGUGAGGCCCACACAGUCCCACCAGAACUGACCACCCAGCCGCUCAUUGUCCACCUGCAGGACACCGACAUCAGCGGGAGACGAGGCUCCCGCCUGCUUUCUUUAACCUGGAAGUUUCCCGCCGAAGAGCAGCACGACGGGUACCGCGUGACCGUGGGGAAGGCUUCCGGAGAGGCUCCGCGGGAGGAGAUGAACACCUCCCGCCCGGAGAUCGCGCUCGUCCUCUCCCACUCCGCGUACCACCUCGCCAUCAGCGCCGUGAACAACGCCAGCACCUCCCCGCCCGUCCGCCGGGCGGUACCGCAGCGGGGGGGCGGGCCGCGCCGUGCGGGAGACGGGACACUGAACGUGACGGCCCACGGCAACGCGUCCUUCACCGUCUACUGGAGGGACGACCUGGUCCGGGACUACGUCUGCUACUCCGUGGAGUGGACGAGGAAGGGCCACGCGGCGGCCUACAGGUCCUUCUACCAGAACAAAGGCAACCACAGGAGCUUAUCUUCUCUGCCAGAGCCUUUGGAGCCCUUCACGCGAUACAGCGUCACGCUGCACACGCGGCCCGACAGGGACACCUGCAACAUGAAGCGCGUGAACAACAGCGAGAGCACCUACGGGACGACGCAGUUCUACUCCACCCAAGGAGCUCCCGGCGGCGCUCCCUCCAACAUCAGCAUCUCCCGGGUGACGCUGGAUUCGGCGGCGCUGCGGUGGUCGUCCAUCCCGGAGGAGGACGCCCGAGGCUUCCUGCUGGGCUACAGGAUCCACUACAGCGAGCACCCCCACGGGAGGCCCGGCACCGAGAGAAACGUCACGGUGGAUCCGACGCUGAACAGCUUUGAACUGCGGAACCUCAAGAGCGGCACCGCGUACGAGGUCCAGGUGUCGGGCUUCACCGCGGCAGGGGAAGGAGUCCGAAGCCCGGGGAGCCUGUUCAAGACCAACGAGCAAGAAUCUUCUCAUCUCCGUGGGAUCAUCGCCAUCUUUGCAGUUGUGGCCAGCGUGCUGAUGUUUGGGCCCGUUGUCUUAAGAAGGGCCAAAGGGAUCGUGUGGCCAAGCAUCCCGAACCCGGAGAAGAGCAACGCCAUGCAGAACAUAGACGAGCCGCGCGAGCUGGAACUGCUGGAGCCCAUCACCACCCUGCAGGUGGAGGAGUGGGACACGGCCAGCCUGCGGCUGGAGGAGAAGCAACAUCUGACCCCCAGCUCCGAGGGGGAGGGGACUCUGACUGGAUCCACCGAGACGGCGAGGACUCUGACGGGAGGCCCCGCAGACGCCACGGGGGAGGCGGUCCCGGACGUCCGCGGCGGCCCACUCGCCCCGCCGGGUGGGUACACCACGCUGGACAUGUUUCAGCGGGCCACGGAGAGCCGGACGCAGGACGCGGGGCGGGCGGCGACGGGAAGGAUGGACUACAUCGGACAGUUCAGCACCAGCCUGAUGGUGGACAGCGAGGCGGCGGAGACGUAG